UUUAACAACAGUCGAGUUGAGUGGAAUUUUGUAAUUUAUUUAGAAAAUAUUUUAUACUUGAUAAAAAAAAAAAAUUUUCUUUAAAUAAGCAUACACCUCUAAAAUGACUGACAAAGAACAAGAAAAGUCUCCUGAAAUCGUUACAGACCAAGAAAGGGACUUGGCACAGACCGCUCUUGCUGAAUUUAAAAAGAAGAACUACACAGGGUGCUUACAAUGUAUAAGCAAAUUAGACAACAGAACUAACGACUUGAAGGUUCUGCAUAAUAAAGCAGUAGUUGAGUACUACAAGAGCGAUCUGAAAAAGACUGAACAAUUCCAGAAAAGCUUAACAGCACUUUGCACUCAGUUUAAGAUUAAACCAGAAAAAUUGGAUGAUAUCGACCAUUGCAUAUCACAGUUCAACCAAGCUAUACUUCUGUACCACCAGCGCCAGUAUACUGCCGCUCAAAGGAUAAUGGACAGGGUAUACAAGUUUAUCGAACCUAUGGAGGAAUCGUUAGCAAAGCAAGUCAGCCUCUUAGCGAUCGAGCUGCAGUUGUCUUUAAGACAGCCUGACAAAGCAUUAACUUUGAUAAGUUACUUGGAAAAUAAUUUGAUGUACGGAGGUAGUAUACCGCUAAAAGGGUUGGAUAAAACGGGGAAGGAAAAGAAGGUCCAAUUACCUCCUCCUAAACCUCUGUCUGAGGAAUUCGAAAAGAAAUUAUUGAAAUAUAAGAUAAGGUGUUAUUUAAUGAAUCAUUCUCUAAGUACAGCAAUGAAGGAGAUCCAAGUGUUACUUAAGGACAAAUCGAAUAUCGAUGCGUUAUUUUUGUCAGCCAAUAUUGAAUAUUUGAAGGGGAAUUUUAAGGAAUCUGUCAGGAUAUUGACUUCUAUUCCAAAUGAGUGUUUAGUUUAUGGGGAAUGUGGUGAAUCAUCGACAGUAAUGUUUUACAACAACAUGGGUAUCUUACACCAAGCAAUGGGCAAGCCAAACAUGGCUUGCCACUAUUUUCAAACUGCUUUAAAGGAAGACAUCAACAUUUCACAGAAUAAUUCAAAAAAAGACACCAAUGAGAAGCCACUUUUUACCUUGGGUGGGUCGAAAUAUCACGAACUCAUGUACAAUUUGGGCAUAGCUCUCUUGCAUUCAGGGAGACCGACUCAAGCAUUCGAUUGUUUAAUUAUAGCCGUGAGACGGUACCACAGAAACUCCAGAUUGUGGAUGAGGCUGGCGGAAUGCUGCAUAAUGGUGCACAAAGAGGGAAAUGAGACUGAUUUUGAUAUACAGCAGAAACAAAAAGAGAUGAUAGUAGACGUUGUUGGUUCUAAAGAGAAACAGAAAGUCGUUCUCACCUCAAAUCUAUCCAAAGAUAAGAAAUAUAGCACAGAAAGCCUAUCCUAUGCCGUGCCUGUACCAUCCCUGGAGUUCGCUUCUCUCUGCCUUAGAAACGCCUCGCUUCUCAUCCCUUCCGACACUGCCUCACCACCCGUCCCUCUCUUCCUAAUCCCAGGUGUUACGCCACCAGCGCCGCCUCCUAGUCCUAGUACUUCGCCGUCUAAUCCUUUAUCCGCCGAAGGGAUCCAGACGUUAAGAAACGGAAUUUUGGUGGCCAGUGCCUAUGUAGCUUUAUGUUUGGGAGACUAUAUUAUGUCGUUAGAGUAUUCGAAGGAGUUGCUGGACCAGCCAAAAAUGUCAGGGGUACAUAAGUUACUAGCUCAUUUGUAUGCAGCAGAGUCCUUGGUGUUACUCGAUAAGAUAUCAGAAGCUCUGGAAUAUUUGAACCCAGAACAUAUCAAAGAUUUGUCUUUCUACCCUGACUAUGAGGGAGAGAAAUCUCAAGAAUCGACGAUUAAAACAAGUCCUCCUCCUAAAUGGUUCCCAAAUACGCUGGGCAGUGCUCAUGCUGUAAUGCAGUAUAACAUUGCAGUAGCGAAAACGAUAAGAGGACAAUUAGAUCAGGCUGCGACUCUCCUGAAACAGAUUUGGCAGCAAAGGGGCCCCACCUGUAAAGUUCCCGCACAUAUUAUUAUGCUCGUAAUUUACAUUGAACUUCAACUUGGGCACACAGACAUAGCGAGAAACCUCAUCAGACAGUACUCGUUGCAACAUAGGAUAAGCGGAUGAAUGACUUGAUAGCGUUAGUGUACA